AUGUGUGUCGAUAUAGAGAUAAAUGUGAACAGAGAGGAACUUCAUGAAAAUGUUCAUGUUCAGAACAAAAAAUUUUUUGAUUUGAUCAAACAAGUGGAGUACCCCAGGGGUCAGUGCGAGGGCCAACCCUUCGCGGAGAAACUAUCAACGUAUCAACGUAACUACAGUACUACAGAUACAAAGUUGUCUUUUCCAGAUGCAGAAGAGUCUGUUCUUAGAAGAUUACUAGAACUGAAUGCCUUCAGAAGCUUGACAAAUAAAGAGGAUAAAACUCCUUACAGUUUAGCUUUGGAGAAAGGCUGCAGUACUAAUAUUCUUGAGUUAUUGAAGAUCCCCUCAGCAGUGGAAGAAAAUAAGGAAAGUAUUGAAGCUAUUGAACAAUCUUUACACAAAAUUAUCUGUGAAUUAGUUGAGGAACUUCUGGAGAAGAAUGGACAGUCACUACCUAAGAUAUCUCUACUAUGGGAAAGAUGCGAGGAUAGUGCUGUUUUUUAUCCUGUUCCAGGGAUGUACGGCGGAUUUCUACUAUACCUGGAUCGGAAGAAUAAUGAGUUGACCGUUGAGAGCUUUUGCCGUAUCGUAGGAGGUUCAGAAAGGUGCCAGAUCAUAGACAGAACGGGAAAAGUGACAGAAGGGGUCUUUGGAAAGGCAAGACGAAGAAAACACCGGAAGAAAGUUUUGUGUUGUUUCUGAACUUAUUUGUGAAAUAAUGAAGAAAACGCUAUCUAAUAAGGUCAACCAGAGCUGGGAACUUUAGAAUGGUGGAUAUCGAGAUCAAUGCGUGAUCCUCCCUUUUUCUCAAUCUCAAGACUAACCUAAUCUUGAACUUGUAUC